AUGGAGUCUGGUGAUAAAUUUGGCACGAAUUCAAGGGGUCAUAUAAAUAAUCAGUACAAUACCUGCUUCUGGAUGUUGGUGAAGUCUGCAAAAAGUGAACAAGAGCUUCAGCUAGCUUUGAAGGGAACAUUUGCAAAAGACAAGAAUGAGCUGCUUGCUCAACAAUUCCAAAUAAACUAUGAUGAUGAACCAGCUAUGUUCCGCAAAGGAUGUAGUGUUUACCGAGAGAAGGUAGAAACAGCUGUGAAGAUUGAUGACUAUGGGGAACCCAUAAAAAGACCAAGAUUGCAAGUUACAGCUGCGCAUGUUGAUAUCAUAGGGCCUGAGUUUUGGGAAAACCAUCGACACAUUCUUCGAGAAGGAAAAAAUUUGCGUUGGUUUGUAAAGAAAUCUGGCAUCAAACACAUCUUUUGUCCUUGUAAUUGGAUUGCUGUUCGCAUCAAUGCUCGCCAAUUUGAUCAGUGA